AUUUUUUCUCCAGAUUUCUCUUCAGUCCUCAAAGGAAAAAUAACAGGCAAAGGAAGGGAGAGAAGGAGAAGGGAAAGUGAGGAGGGGAAAGAGAGAGACAGGAAAGAUGGCUAGUGAAUUCAAGAAGAAAAUAUUCUGGAGGGCAGUGGUGGCUGAGUUCCUUGCCAUGAGCCUUUUUAUUUUUAUCAGCAUUGGCUCAGCUCUGGGUUUUAGCUUCCCAGUGGUGGGCAACAAAACUUCAACAAGGUCUCAGGACAACGUGAAGGUUUCUCUGGCUUUUGGGUUAUCCAUUGCUACUAUGGCACAAAGUGUGGGCCACAUCAGUGGUGCACACCUGAACCCAGCAGUGACCCUGGGCCUCCUGCUGAGCUGCCAGAUCAGCAUCUUCAAAGCACUCAUGUACAUCAUUGCCCAGUGUCUGGGGGCAGUGGUGGCCACAGCUAUUCUGUCAGGAGUCACCUCCUCUCUCCCAAACAACCUCCUGGGGCUCAACUCACUUUCAGAGGGAAUCAAUGCAGGUCAAGGACUAGGUAUCGAAAUCAUUGCUACCUUCCAAUUGGUGUUGUGUGUCCUUGCCACCACAGACAGGAGGAGGAAUGAUGUCUCGGGAUCAGCGCCUUUGGCCAUUGGUCUCUCUGUUGCCUUAGGACAUCUUCUUGCUAUUGAUUACACUGGUUGUGGAAUUAACCCAGCCAGAUCUUUUGGCUCAGCACUGAUUGCCAACAACUUUGAAAAUCACUGGAUCUUCUGGGUUGGCCCAAUCAUUGGAGGAGCAAGUGCUGCCCUGAUUUAUGACUUCAUCCUGGCUCCCAGAAGCAGCGACCUGACUGACCGCAUGAAGGUGUGGACCAGCGGUCAAGUAGAAGAGUAUGAUCUGGAAGGAGAUGAUAUGAACUCCAGGGUUGAAAUGAAGCCAAAAUAAAGAAACACAAGGAAAAAAAAGGAAAAAAAAAAAAAAAAAGGCACAUUGGUUUCAGAAGAUUUUAUCAGUGUUAUAGACUCUUUGUAAACCUGCAAGCAGAACUUUGUUUUUUAAUUCAAUAUGGUUUUUCAUUUUUUGCCCCAAUCUUUAUAGCAUUUUUUUAUAGCAUUUUUAUAUCUGGGGUUUUUCAAUUACAAAAUCUUCAGGCCGAGAAGUCAUUAGACACUUUUUCAUAGGCUAAAUAAAUUGGGCUGAAAUUUAACCUCUUCCUCACCACCACAAAAAUUUCUGGUGCAUUAAGCAUAUGGGGUUCUACCAGCACCUCACUCAGUAAUGAGAAGUAAUUCAAGUGACUGGUCUGUUUGCUGAAAGAAUAGACUCCAAGGGCAGAGAACCAUCUGCACCAGUAAUAUAGGCCUUAUGCCAGAAAAUUUAUUUAUACAAAUAUGCAAGGCUGGUAUCUAAUGCCAGCAGUGCAUGUGAAAAACUAUCUCAAAUCAUUGCCCAGAAGCACCUUUUGGAAGAAAAGGCCACUAAAAAUUACUUGUUAUGUAGAAUUAACCAUUUUUUUUUAAUGAUUGAUAAUCUCUGAGGAAGAGAGUCAGAAAAGUUAAACUGGACUAGAAUCUCUAGAGUCCCAGGAUUCAUUUAGGUUUUCUAGUGUUUCAUUCUCCCUGAACCUGCAUCCAGCUUAUUGUGAGAAUAUAUGACAAAAAAAGUGUAGCUAUAUUAAUUCCUGGGAAGUAAUAACUAGAAGUCAAGUUGGGGAGUAGUAAUAACAAUGGCAACAAGAACAACAUGGUGCCAAUAUAUAAACAGGAUCUGAUUGUUCCUGUGACUACUCUGCUUUUGUUAAUCUUAUGUAAUUUAAGUGUAUAUUUUAAAGCAAAGCAGGAAAAAAAAAAGAAAAGCCCUUUCUUCCUGAACCCCAUUCUAAUUGACACUGCUGUGACAUUCAGGGACAAUGAAUAAAUAUACACACAGUAUAUUUUUUAAUGAGGGACAAAUAUGUACUUGUGUGUAAGUCCAUUCUGGGGGUUGUUGCUUUUUUUUUUUUAUAUAUAUAUAUAUAUAAAUGUUUAUAUAUAUGUUUUAUACAGAAAGCCUAGUAUACUGUUUUGUAAGAAAAUAAGAGCAUAAGACAAGUGUAAAGACUUGCAGCAGUGCUUAGCAAAAUUAAUGACACUGGAAAUGUAAAGAAAAUUAACACUCUCAACAAUAUGGAAAACUAUUUUCUGUUUUCAUUUCUGUGUGUGUGCUACUUAUGAUUUCCCGAGUAACCCAAAGCAUUAGCUGGUCAUACCUACUAACUAUAGAGUAUAGUUAAACCAGAUACUUGCUGUUAUACUUGUUCUGCACUAAACAGUUUUACAUAAGAAAUGAGGCCCAGAGGAACCUACAUAAAAAGCUGCGCACUUUAUCAUUCAGACAAUCACCCCAGAGGUAAUAGGAUGUCUCCUCUUAGAGAGACAGUGUGGAGUUGGGAGAGGGUCAACAUGGGAAUCCAUGUAGGUUGGAUCAUUUCAUGAAGUUGAGCAGAUGUACAGUGGAAAAGAUAUAAAAAGGAAAAUCACCAGCAAAAUAAAGCAAUGCAUAUCUUUCUUGUCUACAUUUGGUGUGCUAUCCCAUGUAUUGUCUAUGUACAUACAGCAUGAAUUUUGGGGUGGUAUAAAAAUAAACAAAAUCAGUUGUGCUAAUACA